UUUAUAAAUAAAUAUAAAGAAAGAGUCAAUCUAAAAAUUUUAAUACUUUUAAAGAUUAUUUUAUAUUUAUAAGGUAAUUAUUUUUUUUGAUUUUUAUAUUUUUUUUGAUUAAUUAAGAAAACUAUAAAAAUUGAAUAAGGUAUCAAUAAUUUAAUCAAAUAUGUAGUAGACUACUAGUUAAGGAAUAAAUAAUGUUAGUUAAAGCAAAAUAAAAAAUUAAGAAAACAUUUUAGAGAUAAAUUAAUAGCAUUUGCUAAAUGAGAGAAGUGAUAUGAAGUAAGAAAAAAAAAAGAAGAAAAAGCUAGAUAUAUUUACCUUAAAAUAUGUUAAUGAAGAGAUCAAUAAUAGAUACAAAAAUGAACAACACAAAAUCAAGCAGCAAACUUUAAAAUUAGUAUUAUUUUAUCAAGUGAUAAUAAAUAUUAUUUAUAUGAUUAUUUCGAUCACAAAUAUGUAGUAAAAAAUAGGAGAAAUCCUCUCAUAUGGGAUUUUUAUCUUUUUAUUUAUUCUACUAAUUAUAUAUAUGAAUGUUUUCAAAAAAAUGUCUUAAGUAAAUGAUUUGCUCUUUAUAAUUUUACUAGCUUAUAUUAUUAUAACUAAUGCUGUUUCUUACAAUACUCAGUAAUCAAGGAGGAUAGAUAUUUCUUUUCUCCAUAUUUUUCCUAUUUUUUUUGUCCUAGAUAAUUGGAUUAAAAGUAGUUUUCUUCUAUUGGCUAGUAUACUAAAUGAAUAUUCAUUUCAUUCUAACCUAUUUGAGUAAGAUAAGAUUCCACUGAUUAUUAUUUUUCCAGUCUUUUUAGCUAUUGUUUAUCUCAAUUAAAAAAAAAGUAAGCUCUUGUUUUAUGAUUAUUUUUACCAGUAAAAAACUUUAGCAGCUUCACAAAAGCUCCUUGAACAUACAUUACCAUGUUCAGUAAUUGUCCUAAGCAGUAAUGAAGAAUUUGACAAUAGUCCUUUUAAUAAACAUUUUUUAACUAAGCUAAAAUCUGAAUAACAUAUUGAUGCUAAUACAGAAAAAGAGUUUUAAUAGUAUAAUCUGAAUAAUAUAUUUAAUCGACCUUCUGUAAAUUCUUUUUAGAGAUAAGGAUUCUAAAAAAACUCAAUCAAAUUAAAAAAAUCGCAUUCUUAACUUGGACAGUUGCACAUGGGUAAAGAUAAAUCCAUAUCUUAAAAUAAAAAACAAUUAAAAUUUGAGAUAAAUAAUAAUAUUUUUACUUAGAGUAAUCACUAAGAUAUGAAAGAUAACUUAGAAAAUUAACAAAUAUCGGAAGACUUAUAAUAGAUUUAAUUAAAACUAUUUAAAAAUGACUAAAGUCCUCAUGAUUGCAACAUUUAAGCAUCUUACAUCAAUCCUUAAUCUUAAGUUUAAAAUGAUGGAAUUAAUAAUAAUAUAUAGAUUAAUUUUAAUAACGAAUUAAAUGAUAAUAAUAAUAAUAAUAAUAACAACAACCAAAUAAUAAGUGAUAUUAAUUACAUCAAUAAUGGUGGUAAUCCAUAAGUAAACAAUAAUAACUAUAAUUAUGUUAAUAGUAAAAAUUCUAGUCAUACAAUAAAUAAAAAUCAUUUUAACAAUAAUUUAAAUUCAAUAACAAAUUAUAUUAAUUCUAAAACAAAUAUUAAUGAAAACGUUGUUUUGAAUACUUUAAAUCGCUUACCUUCUAAAAAAAAUAGCUAAAUCUAGUCAUCAUAAUAAUAAAUUUAACUAAAAGUCAAUUUUGUAAAUAACACUUGCUUGAAUACUUUUAGAAUAAAGAAAAAUGAAUAAUCAGGUGGAGAUGAAAAUUUUGGAAGGAAAGAUUUUAUUAGGUAAGAUUUUUAAGAGCCAGAGGAGUUGCAGCAUGAAAUUUUUAACUUACUUUCUUUAAUAGAAGUUUAAACAAGUGAAUACAGCAUGAAUAAAAGCAAUAUGCAGUAAUUUGGAAUUAAGCAGAAUCUAAGUUAGUUCAUGUUAGGAAAUUCUGUUUAUAAUUAGAACAUAUAUGGGAUGCCAAUUAAUGAUUUCAGUGAGAAUAUUAAUUCGCUUGUAAAUAGUAAAAAGAUAAUAAUAUCUACUUCUUUACUAGAUAUCAUUAACUAAAAAUACAAUUUGCUUCAUUAAAAAUAUAUCCAUUAAAAAUGCUGCAACAAUGACCACUAUAAUUAAAAAGUCAAUCAAGACAAUCAAAAAUUAAAAAAUAAUUGCACAGCUAAAUGCUUUCAAGCUGAAGAUAAAUACAAAAAUAUUGACCUAGAAAAAGAGGAUGUUUUUAUUAAUUGUGUGUAUAAAAACUAGAAAAACGCUAAGGCUUUAGAUAUACAUAUCGUUGAAUUUCAGUGGAUUGAUGAGCCUGCUAUUAUGAUUGUAAUGACAGAUAUUUCUCAGUAAGUAAGAGCAAGGAGAUUAUAAGAUUUAGAUUCUUACAAAAACGAAUUACUUGCUACUGUUACUCACGACUUAAAAACUCCUCUAAAUGGAAUGCUUUCUAUUUUAGAAGUUGCCUAAGAAUUGACAGAUAUCCAUGAAAUUAAAAAUUUAAUUCAAAUAGUACACAAAAAUGGUAUUUUGCUAAACUUUUUAAUUAUGGAUAUCUUAGAUUAUAGUGCCAUUAUUAAAGGAGAAAUGAGAUUAAUUUAAUAAAAAUUUGAUAUUGAAGAUAUUUUACAUGAUAUUAAUGAUUUGAUAGGAUUUUAAGCUUAGCAAAAGAACCUUAAAUUUAACAUUUAAAAUCAUCUUUCACGCCAAGAUCGAGUGAUUGAAAAUGAUGGAAGAAGGAUAAAGCAAAUUUUGUUAAACUUAACAUCUAAUGCCUUAAAAUUUACCUUUGUGGGAGAAAUUGUAAUUGUAAUAAAAAAAGAAAUUUUAACUGAUGACUUAAUUAAAAUUACAGUAAAAGAUACUGGAGUUGGAAUUCCAGAUACUCUAAAGCCUAAGCUUUUUAAGUUGUAUGGUACAUAUGAUCACAAUAAUGGAUCAAAUAAACAUGGUGUAGGUUUGGGUUUAGUAAUCACUAAAAAAUUAGCAUCCUAAGUGGGUCCUAAAGAUUCCUUAAGAUUUUAAAGCAAGGAAAAAAUAGGAACUGAAUUUUCUUUUCAUAUUUACAGAAAUUUGAAAUCUAAAUCAACAAAUCAAAAAAAUUAAAUAUAUGAUUCUCCAACUAGCAUUUCUAAAUUAAAUAAAAACUAAUCGAAUAUAUCUUUGAACCCAACAACAACAGAUAAGCUUCAAUCCAAUUUUGAAUAAUAGAUUUUAUCACAUAAAAAAGAAAGGCCCUUCUAGUUUAAAGAAAAUGAAUAUUUAGAAAGCUCUCCUUUAUCAAAUCCACUUUCAAAUGAUUAGAAUAUUUUAAGUGUUUAAAGAUAACAAUCCGAUAUCAAAAAUUCUUAGAUAAUAAACACAAACGAAAAUUUUGAUACAGAAGUUCCUUUUAUAACUCCUAGAUUAUAAUAGUUUAACAAUUACCUUUAGUUAAAUAGUCCUAACUAAUUCUAAAAGUCAAAAUACUCUCAUUUCAUGCAAUAUUAAUUAGCUAAUUCUUUGAAUAUUAAAGAAGAGGUAGACACAAAAAAUUAGCAAAAUAGCUCAAGACGUAUUUCAGAAGAAUUGAAUAAAAAUAACAAUAACUUAGAUACUUGUGUAAAAGUUACUGAAAGUUUUGAAGGUAAAGAAAAUUCUAAUUAAGAAGACUUAGAUAAAAUACCAACAACUAAUAGUAAUUUUGAAGAAAAAGACCAAGAAAAUAUUUAAGAUAUAUAAAACACAUAAAACUAUGAUCAGCAAGAGUAAUAAUUAAAUAAAAAAUUUACUAUCAAUAAAAACAGAAGGACAAAAAGCAGCUUUAGUUAGCUUCAAGAUAUUAAAGAAUUUAAAGAUGGUGAAGUUAUGAAUAUACCUAGAUGCUAGUAAGGAAAUCAAAAUUCACUUGAAUUAAUUUAGUUACCUCCUUCUUUAUAAUUUACUAUGCCUACCAGAGUAUUAAUAGUGGACGACACUUACUUCAAUAUAAUUGCUCUCAAAUUAAUGCUCAAAAGCAUAAAAAACUUAACUAUAGAAGAAGCCUAUAAUGGCUAGUAAGCCUUAGAUAUACUAAACUAAGCUAAGUUAUCAUAUUAAAAAGGUUAAAGAAAAAUCGAAGAUUUAUUUUAAAUCAUUUUUAUGGACAUAAAUAUGCCAAUUAUGGAUGGAAUUGAGUGCACUGUAAACAUUAGAAAAGAUCCAUUUUAUUAAGACGUUAAAAUUAUUGCAGUUACAGCAUAUUCUUCUGCAUCUGAAUCCUAAAAAUGUUUUGAUGCUGGUAUGGAUGCACACAUUUGUAAGCCUAUUAGUAGAUCUGAUUGUUUUUCUGUAUUAUUAAAUUUAAAUUAAUAGUGAAAUGAGUUAAUAGUGGUUAAUUUUAUUCUUAAAGUAUUUAUAUUUCCAU